AUGGACUCGCCGCUCGUUGCCCAGCUGUUCCGCCAGCUAUUCUCGCACCGGGCGUCGCAAUGCCUGGCCCGCGGGGGUCGGCCGGCCCUCGCAGCUGCCCGCAUCCCAUACCACCAAAGACGAGGCAAGGCCACACGCCUGGGCGAGGGCGAGACAACCCGAGAAAGCAGAUGGACGCCGAGGAGAAAUGUUUUUCCCCACGAGAGGACCGAGGAGUUUGAGAGAUAUCCCAUGGUUACGUCGGAUAUGCUGCGGAGUCGGAGAGAACGACCGCGCAGAGUCAAGAUGCUGUUACGGGAUUUUAUAGAGGACAGCCUGUACAACCCAAACUAUGGCUACUUCUCCAAACAAGUCGUCAUCUUCUCUCCAGGCGAUCCCUUCGACUUCAACGCCAUGGGCUCCGAGCACGAUUUCUUCCAGCAAUUGCGCCAUCGCUACACUUCCUUUGAGGACGAGCUUGACUACCGAGAGCCAAACGAUCUGCGACAGCUAUGGCACACUCCCACGGAGCUCUUCUCUCCCUACUAUGGAGAAGCAAUCGCGCGCUAUCUCGUAGAAGACUACAAGUACAACUUCUAUCCCUACCACGACCUGAACAUAUACGAGAUGGGAGCUGGAAACGGUACGAUGAUGCUGAACAUACUUGACUUUAUCAGAGACGUACAUCCAGAAGUGUACGAGCGGACAAAGUACAGGAUUAUCGAAAUUUCCAGCCAACUUGCCGAUCUGCAACAGAAGGGCCUGGGCCAUUCCGCAUACGCAAGAGGCCAUGCCGACAAAGUGGAGAUUGUCAACCGCAGCAUCUUCGACUGGAACACCUAUGUCUCCUCGCCAUGCUACUUUCUCGCUCUCGAGGUUUUUGACAACUUUGCUCACGACGCCUUGAAAUACGACUUUGAGACUGGUCUGCCCUAUCAGUCGCACGUCGUCAUAGAUCCUCGCGGCGAGCUUUUUGAGUACUACUCUCGCACCCUCGACCCCCUUGCAAGUCAGUUCCUCGAGCGCAGACAUGCUGCAUGUACGGGGUACCCGCACCCACUACAAGGCUCGCGCAUCAUGCAGAAUCUGAAGAGCUUGGUCCCAUGGCGGUCGAACAUGAGCAUUCCAGAGUACAUACCCACGAGACUGAUGCAGUUCUUCUACAUGCUGUAUGAGAAGUUCCCCAAUCACAAGCUGGUUAGCAGUGAUUUCCACAAGCUGGGUGAUGCAGUCGAAGGCAUCAACGCUCCCGUUGUCCAGACUAGGUAUAAGAGGCAGAUGAUUCCUGUCUCUACACCUCUUGUCCACCAAGGCUAUUUCGAUAUUCUCUUUCCUACAGACUUCGAGGUCAUGGAGCCAAUGUAUACUGCCAUUACAGGGCGCUUUGCACGCACAUACCUCCACGAAGACUUCAUGGCGGGCAGGGCAGACAUUGGCGAGACGACUACAAAAAACGGCGAUAACCCAUUGUUGAGCUGGUACAAGAACGCAAGUGUCAUGAUUACGGUGUAA